AUGUUCCGCACCACACUUGUCGCUGUGGCCAUCGCUGCCAGCCAAGUAACCCUAGCCGCUUCGGCUUCUACGCCUAGCCUCCUGAUCUUUUCCAAAACAGAAGGAUACCGUCAUACGAGGCAAGUCCACUACUCCACCAUCCCUCAUGGCAUCCGUCUCCUCAGUUCCAUUGCCGACGAAAAGGGGUGGCCGGUCGCGGCCACGGAAGAUUCCACAAUCUUCACCAACGGGAGCCUGAGUGACUACACGACCCUAGUCUUCCUCUCGACGACUGGCAACUUUCUCUCCGCCGACGAAGCGGACGCCCUGGAUGCUUUCCUACUCGAAGGAGGUUCUUGGCUUGGUAUUCAUGCGGCUGGCGACUUCGGGGACAACAUGCCCUCAUGGUACAACACACUCGUUGGUGGCCAGUUCCGCUCCCAUCCAUGCGUGGACGACACCGUUUGCAGCGAUGCUCAGCUUGCGAGAUAUCCCCCUGGAGGAAACAUUCGACCCGACAUCAUCACGAUCCAGAAUCGUGACCACCCGUCCACGGCCGACCUCCCCGAGAGCCACAGCCGCACCGACGAGUGGUAUGCGUACAAGACCAACCCCGUCCAUGACCCGUACUACACGGUCCUGGCCUCGCUCGAGGAGACCUACAUCGAUGAGCUCACCCCUCCGGAGCCCGAGCACAUGGCCCCACUGCAUCCGAUCUCGUGGUACUCCAUCUACAAGGACGUGGCCAGGGCGUUCUACACGGGCAUGGGGCACACUAAUGAGUCUUACUACGAAGAAUACUUCAUAAAGCAUGUCACCGGAGGGUUGGAGUGGGUGACAGGUGUUUAA